AUGCUAACAACUAUUGAUUUGUAAAUCAACAGCUAAUCACUCUAAUUUAUAUUGAAUAAAGGAGAUAAUUUAUGGAAAAAAGUGUAAGAAUUUUGUAGCAAGUAUAAUUUACAAAAGCAUUAAGAUCAAAUUUUUAAUCUAAUUUACAAUGAAUUUGCGAAUGUGGAAAAAUAUGAAACAAUUUCUUUGCCAUCAAAUAAAGCUUCCACCUCUCCAAUCUCGCAAAGAUAAAAAUGGGAAAAAAAAAACUAUGUUCAGAAAUCCAAUAAAAACAUCAGCCCGGCUACUAAACUUCUUACACCUAAAAAGUCUCCUCAUAAAAAUUCAAAGACUUCUUCAUUUGUUCAUUUGUAAAACAAUCAAUUUGAGGAUAAAGAAUUAAAGUAAGAUAGCAAAAUUUAUCAAACCCCAAAUGUAAUCCAUUACAAAAAGGAAAAUUUUUAUUUGAUAGAAAAAAGUGAAUAAUAGUAAGAUAAGUAAGAUAACUCUUUAAUUAACAGCAUUGUGAAACUUGAUAAUUUAAUUAAAUCCAUAUAUAAACAAAUUGAAAACGUUAUAAUUGAACCCAGUGUUUAUCCAAUUUGCAUAUAAUUAUAUAAGAGACUAUUAAGUACUUAAGAGUACAGAAAGACAUUAAAAUUAAAUAUUAUUAAUUUUGAUCUUUUAGAAAAUAAAGAAAUUUAUGUUUUGGAAUAAAUCGUCCAAAAGUAUUCAUUAUCCUAAGCAAUAGAAAUGAGCAAAACUUAAUUUAUAAUUUUAAUGUUAGGCUUGAUUAUUUCAGAUGGAGACAAUAUGAAUAAGAAAGGAGUCAAAGUAAAAGAAUUAAUCAACUUCAAUCCUUUGUUAACUCCACAUUAUCAACUUUACUGCUGA